UUAUCGCAGUACACUAAAUAAGCUAGAUUGUCCUACAUAUUUAAGCUCACAUACACUUCACCGUUCCAAUAGAGAAAAGAAGUUAGAGGUUAUAAUUAUUGAAAUUAAUGCACAUGAGCACUGAGGCCACCACAUCACGAGCAAUGGAUGAAGAUUUGGAGAACAACAGGAAUGCAAAUUCGGCGAUGGUGAGAAAGAAGUCAGAAAUAGCUGUGGUCACAAACAAUAACGCUCGUUUCCAAAUGCUUAGAAAUUUCAUCACCAAUUUGAAAGAGGUCAUCUUCGGCACUAAGCUUGUUGUGCUUUUCCCCGCAGUUCCUUUGGCUGUAGUUGCAAAUUUUUGUAGCUUUGGAAGGCCUUGGAUAUUUGCUUUCAGCUUGCUUGGACUUGCUCCCCUAGCUGAACGUGUCAGCUUCCUGACUGAGCAAAUUGCAUAUUACACUGGCCCAACAGUUGGAGGGCUUCUGAAUGCAACUUGUGGAAAUGCAACAGAGAUGAUCAUAGCAUUAUUUGCACUUCACCAGAACAAAGUAAAUGUUGUCAAGUUCUCCCUGCUCGGUUCCAUUCUCUCAAACCUUCUCUUGGUUCUUGGCAGUUCACUUCUCAUUGGUGGUUUAGCCAAUCUUAAGAGGGAGCAGAGAUAUGAUAGAAAACAGGCAGAUGUAAAUUCACUGCUAUUGUUGCUGGGGUUGCUGUGCCAUUUGCUGCCAUUACUGUUCAAAUUCGCGUUGGGAGGGGGCGAUCAUUCUAUAGCCAUUAACACUCUCCAGUUGUCCAGAGCAAGCAGCGUUGUUAUGCUUCUAGCAUACGUUGCUUACAUCGUCUUCCAAUUAAAAACUCAUCGAAAACUGUUUGAUGCACAAGAGGAGGACGAAGAUGAAGAGAAGCCUGUGAUAGGAUUUUGGAGUGCAUUUACCUGGUUGGUGGGUAUGACAUUGGUCAUAUCUGUACUUUCUGAAUAUGUUGUGGGAACCAUUGAGGCUGCUUCAGAUUCUUGGGGCAUUUCUGUAAGUUUCAUCAGCAUAAUUUUGCUACCAAUUGUUGGAAAUGCUGCAGAACAUGCUGGUUCAAUCAUAUUUGCUUACAAGAACAAGUUGGACAUAUCUUUGGGAGUUGCUAUGGGAUCUGCAACUCAAAUUUCUAUGUUUGUGGUUCCAUUAAGUGUAGUUGUUGCAUGGAUAAUGGGUAUACGAAUGGAUUUGGACUUCAGUCUUCUUGAAACUGGAUGUCUCGCUUUUACAAUUAUAGUUACAGCCUUCACUUUACAGGAUGGAACUUCACACUACAUGAAAGGAGUGGUUCUUACUCUAUGUUACAUUGUCAUUGCUGCAUGUUUUUUUGUUCUUAAAACUCCUCUAAUUGAGCAAUAUCCUAGGGGCAAUUUUGGAGGUAAACCAUCCUUUGAAGCCAUUAUAACUUGAAUGACUUUGGUUCCACUACUAAGAUAAACAACGUUACUCUAUGGAUAACUGAACCUCGUCUCAGGGAUCAAUUGCAGAGAUGGAUUUUUAUUCAUGGUGGAAAUUGAGCGCCUUUGACUGAGGCUUUAAUUGAGCAACAUCAUAAACUUUCAAAAGUAGAGAUUUCAAUGCUUUAUAUAAUUCUUUCUUCGUAAUAAGGCUUAACAAUGACGUUUUGGGUUUGAAAUCGCGCCUAUGUACCUUUUUUUGUUUUAGUUUUAUGUCUUCCCUUCCCACACUUUAUAGAUAUGAUCACUUUCAUGUACCGAUGACUAAUUAAUAAUUUCUUUUUCAUCGGAUGUAAAAAUUAAUUCUAAUAAAAUUGUCUUUCAUAUAGUAA